AUGAGCGACGAAGAGAAGCGAGAAUCAUCGCUAUCAGCUCCGCCAAGCGAGGCUUCCUCAAAGCCUGGAAAUGAAGACCUCAGCAAUCACACUUCUGCGCCAAGCUCAAUACCGUCUUCACCAUCACCGCCACCGAAUGGCGGCACUACAGCAUGGCUUCACGCCUUAGGUAGCUUCUUCCUGCUAUUCAAUACCUGGGGCAUUCUCAAUGCAUUUGGAGUGUAUCAGACUUAUUACGAGUCCGGAGCGCUAUUUACCGAAUCGUCUUCAAAUAUCUCCUGGAUUGGAUCAAUUCAAGCCUUUAUGCUCCUCAUGACGGGAGUAUUCGCAGGCCCCGUCUACGAUCGCGGCUAUCUGAAGACACUACUUAUUACGGGGGCUUUCCUUGUCGUUUUUGGUCACAUGAUGCUCAGUCUCUGCACAGAGUACUGGCAAGUGCUCCUGGCUCAAGCCUUCACCGUAGGAAUCGGCACCGGCUUGAUGUUCGUGCCGGCAUUCGCCAUUCUACAGCAGUACUUCACCACAAGAAUGGGACUUGCUAUCGGCAUCGCGGCCUCAGGCUCAUCUUUCGGAGGAAUCAUCUACCCGAUCGUCCUCUAUCGACUUGUGGACACAAUCGGAUUUCCCUGGGCCGUCCGGGUAGAGGGCUUCAUCGCCCUCGCAACCCUGACAAUCCCCAUCGCGGUCCUCAAAUUCCGUGUCAAGCCUGGUCGUGUCCGCGCAAUGUUCGAUUGGAGCGCAUUUCUCGACGUCCCGUACAUGUUCUUCGUCAUCUCGACGUUGAUCUCAUUCAUGGGCUUGGUCGUGGUUCUGUUCUACCUCUCCUAUUACUCCGAGGCCACCCAGAUCACCAACACUCAAAUGGCUUUCUAUCUGAUUCCGAUCUACAAUGCGGCAUCGUGUUUCGGACGGACGUUGCCCAACGCAUGGGCAGACACUACGGGCCCGUUCAAUCUCCUUGCUCCAGGGACCUUCAUUGCUGGCAUCCUCAUGCUCGUCACGAUGGGCGUACACACCGAGGCUGGCGUGGUAAUCAUCGCUAUCCUGAUCGGAUUCGUCUCAGGGGUCCUGAUCGGUAUGCCUCCAUUGUGCUUUGUCGCUGUCACGAAGGACAAGUCCAAGCUGGGUACCCGUAUGGGUAUGGGAUACGCGAUGGUGGGCUUCGGUGUACUCGCAGGAGGACCUGGAGCGGGCGCUAUCCUUGGGCAGGGCGAAAGUCUGAACUGGAUUAGCGUUUGGGCUUUCGGUGGUGCUUCGUGCUGUGUUGCUGGUCUCAUGUACUUUGUCCAGAGAGUCAGCAUGGUUGGGUGGAAGUUGAAGAAGGUGUGA